AAGUACUCCCGAGUACCAAGCAGGCCGUCCCCCACUUCCUCCCAAUGGCCGCUCCGCCGCCGGUGCUCACCCUGGCGGUGGAGAAGGGCCCGCGUGCCGGCGAGACCCGGCAGUGCCGCGCGGGCGCCGCUCUCCGCGUCGGCCGCGUCAUCUCCGGCAACGACCUCGCCGUGCGCGACGUGGGCGCGUCGCAGCGCCACCUCGCCGUCGAGUUCCUCCCGCCACCCGCGGCCCGGUGGGCCGUCUCCGACCUCGGCUCCUCCAACGGCACCUUCCUCAACGGCGCCCGCCUCGCGCCCUCCGUCCCGGCCCCGCUCUCCGACGGGGACCUAAUCGUCCUCGGCGAGUCCACCAAGCUCGCCGUGUCCAUCGCGCCCGAUUCGGAGGCGAAGCCCGCCCCUAGGCGCUCCUCGCGCCGCGCCGCGCCGACGGCGAAGGCGGUGGAGGAGGAACCGACCCCCGCGGUCAUCCGCCGGAGCACACGGAAGAAGGCGGAGCCCUCCGAAGCUGAGAAGGAAGGGCUGGACGCAGCGGCCGUGGUGGUGGUGGAGGAAGAGAAACCCCGGAUGGUUACUCGCCAGAGCAGACGGAAUAAGGCGGCUGCACCCGAGGCCCUGGAAGCGGGUAAGGAAGAGAUCGAGGAGGCCGCAGUGGAGACACGCCGCGGUAGGAAGAAGAAGGCUGUGGAGCCCCCUGAACCAGAGAAGGCGGAGGAGAAGGCAGCAGUAGCCACACGCCGCACGAGGAGGAAGCAUCCUGAGCCCUCUGAAUCAGAGAAGGGAGAGGAGGGGAACGAUGCAAUUACGGUUGCCCCUCCACCAGUGCCUCGAACGACAAGGUCCAGAAGGGCUCGGGGAAGGGUUACAGCGCCUUGUGCAAUGGAGACUGUUCCCGAGGAGGAGGAGGAGGAGAGAGAGGAGGUGGUUGCACCGGCAGAGGAGAAGGGUGAUAAGGUGGCAGCUGGGGGAGAAGUGGAAGGGACUGCGAAGGCAUUGGAGGAAAUGCCAGUUGCUCCAAGAGGGCGGCCACGAAGAGCUCCAAAAGCUAUGACCAAUGCUCACUGUGCUGCCUCUGACAAUGUCGAUAAGGAGACAAAGGGUGGUGGAGAAGAGGAAGAGGAUGGCAAGAGAGAAGCGAUUGUCAGUGGAGGAAAGGUAGGGGAUGUGGAAAAUGCAGAGGAGCGUGCUAGGAGAAGCAGCCUGGAGACCAUGCCUGUUGCUCCAAGAGGGCGGGCACGAAGAGCGCCAAAGGGGAUGACCAAUGUUCAGUGUGCUUCUUCUGACAAUGUCGGUAAGGACAUAAAUGGUGCUGGAGAAAAGGAAGAUGAUGGCAAGAUGGAAGCUGUUGGCAAUGGAGGAGAUGUGGAGGAUGUGGAGAACACCGAGGAGCUUGCUGGGAGAAGCAUCUUGGAGACCAUGCCAGUUGCUGGGAGAGAGCAGGCACAAAGAGCGCCAAAAGGGAUGACCAAUGCUCAGUGUGCUUCUUCUGACAAUGUCGGUAAGGAGAUAAAUGGUGCUGGAGAAGAGGAAGACGAUAGCAAGAGGGAAGCGGUUGUCAGUGGAGGAAAGGUAGGGGAUGUGGAGAAUGCGGAGGAGUGUGCUGGGAGAAACAGCCUGGUGAUCAUGCCAGUUGCUGGGAGAGAGCAGGCACAAAGAGCGCCAAAGGGGAUGGCCAAUGCUCGGUGUGCUGCUUCUGACAACAACAGAGGUGAGGAGAUAAAGGAUGGUGGAGAAGAGGAACAGGGUGACAAGAAGGAAGCAGCUGGAAAUGGAGGAGAUGUAGAGGAUGUGGAUAAGGCAGAGAAGCGUGCUGGGAGAAGCAGCCUGGAGACUAUGACAUUGGGGGAGUGGUUUGACCGGAUGGAAAAGUACCUUCCAAGAACGAUCAAUGAGGCUGCUGAUGAGAUGAUAGCGACUAUGGAGGAGAAGCAUCGACGAAUCAUUGAGUACAUUUCGACGAUUGGAAAUAGUUCCAAUCCUUCUUGAGAUUUAUGAUGACAAUGGUACCUGGAUAUAGCAUGGAAGACAACAUUUAGCCGCAUGUUUUGCAAAUAGUAGGUUUGAGGUAUUACAAUCAUUAGCUGGGUGAUGAUCACAUCAGAAGUUCCCGAGAAAUCUUACCUUUUCUGUUCAAUAGCUACAUGGAUAUGCUAGUACUGGUAGUAGGUUAAAGCAUACAAAUGGAACUAUGAUGCAUCCUGUAGGUUCACUUCUGAUCAGAUGCACUAAUAUAUCCUGUUCUUCUGGACAACGUUGUAUCAGCUCUUACUGUGAGGCAACAUUCCCAUGAAUAACUUGUUCAUAGCCCUGAAUCUUCC